CUCUAAUUAUUAGCGGAGUUUAAUAAUUAUCAGAAUUACUGCUAUAUCUUAUAAUAUGAAUUUGUGGUUAAUAUUUUUUAUAUUUAUUUCAUUUAUACAUAUUUAUGUGCAAACCUUGGAUUUUGUGUAUCACCAGAAUGAAGAAAUGGAGGGCAUUUUGAAAAAUUUCACACUUAGUGGAAGUUAUAGAUUAAGAAAACAUUUAUACAGUAUUGGGAAUUCAUCGGGAAGGCCUAAUAGUGGUGUAAAGCCAUCACCUAUAUGGGUACUAUCGCUAACAGCUACUAAGGAAAAUGAAAUAGGAAUACCAAAUGUUAAAUUGAUUGGAACUGUACAUGGAACUGAGCCUGUAGGACAAGAAGUGCUUCUACAUUUUAUAGAGUACCUUAUUGAGGAAUAUGAAAAAGAUGGUCUUGUAACAUGGCUCCUCAACAAUACCAAAAUUCACAUUCUGCCUAAUUUGAACCCCGAUGGAUACAAGGUAGCCAAAAAGUUUUUUUGUUAUGGUUGUGCUGAUUGUCCUGGUCUCGGUGUUACCGAUGAAGAUAUUGUUAUAUCAAGUGAUUUUCCAGAUUAUUUUCAUAGGAAUGAGGUUGUAAACCACACUGCAGAAACUCUGGCUGUGAUGAAGUGGAUGGAUAAUAUUCCAUUCACUUUAUCUGGAAGUUUCUUCGGAACAUUUUUGGUUGCUAUUUAUCCCUACUGUAAUAGAAAUGAAACGAUGAUACGCAAUCCAACUCCAGAUGACGAUGUGUUUCAGUUUUUAGCCAAAACGUAUUCUUUCAAUCAUGCAACAAUGCAUACUGGUCAAAACUGCCCCGCUUAUAAAAAGCGGUUUGAUGGUGGAAUUAUAAAUGGAGCAUCAUGGCAUAAUCAUGAUGCUGAUAUGACGGACUAUAAUUAUAUUUUCCAUGGUUGUAUGGAAGUCAGAUUCGAGAUUUCCUGUUGCAAAUAUCCUCCUAUAAAGGAUCUUGAAUAUAUUUGGGCUGAUAACAAAAAUGCAAUCCUCAAUUAUAUCAUGCAAGCAAAUAGAGGAGUUACAGGGCAAGUUCUUGACGAGAUUUCAGGCCGACCUAUAGAAGCAACAAUGAAAAUAAUUGGUAGAAACAUUCAGUUUAAGAAUUUCGGUCCAACGGGAGAAUUUUGGAGAAUAUUACUGCCUGGUGAAUAUAUCGUUGAGGUCGAGGCUAAAGGUUACUAUAAAAAAAUUCAAAAUUUCACUGUUAAGGAGUAUGGAAAGAGCUAUCCUCAGUUAACCAAACUAAAUAUAUUUCUUCUAAAUUCAUCGAUUCCAACUACAACUGAGACAACGGUAACAUCAUCAACAACAUCGACCACUCAAAAAACUACGACUACAAGCAGUAUUGGAGAACAACUUACAACUCACAUGAUAACCACUAUAAGUUUAGCAAAUCCAAUAAGUCGAUCACAAUUAUUAGAUUUUGUGGUGUUUGUUAUCAUUACAAAGUUUUUCAGACAUUCUAUAAAUAUGGCCUGUAGCGGCUUGAGACGAGCAAUGAUAUUUAGUGUUUUUAUAAUUGGUGUUUUCGGUGGUGUUUAUGGCCUGUUGGAAUUCAAAUAUCACACAAACGAUGAAUUGCAAGAUGUUUUGAAAGAACUUGAAAAUAUCGGAAAGAAAAAAUUGUCAGCGAAGAUUUACAGCAUUGGAAAUUCCUCUAAUCCCGACAGACCGUUUCCUCUUUGGGUUUUUAGUUUAACUGCAGCAGAUCCUUCUCAAUAUGGAAUCCCGAAUGUUAAGUUAUUGGGAAAUUUGCAUGGUAAUGAAGCGGGUGGUCGAGAAAUUUUGUUACAAUUCAUUGAGUACUUGAUUGACCAAUUUGACAAAGAUAAAAAUGUCACUUGGCUACUUAAGAAUACUAAGAUCCAUAUCGUUCCUACAAUUAAUCCAGAUGGAUUCGAAGUAGCUGGAGUAGCUUGUAAAGGAAUUACUGGAAGAAAUGUUCCUUUUAAGGAUAUAGAUUUAAAUCGUAAUUUUCCGGAUUUUUUUUGUCCAGAUCCAGAUUUAAUUUUAUCCAAAGAGUCGGAAGCCCUUAUCAAUUGGAUGAAAAAUACCAAAUUUAUUCUGUCCGCUGCCUUACACGAAGGAGCUCUUGUUGCAAAUUAUCCGUAUGAUUUAAAUCCAAAUAAUGCUGAUGGUGAAGCUUUUGAAACUCCUGAUAAGGACGUUUUUAAGUACUUGGCCAGAACGUAUUCAAAUAAUCAUCCACAAAUGCAUAAGGGUGAAAAAUGUCCGGAUAAUAACGAAAAAUUUGUAGGUGGAAUUACUAAUGGUGCAGCAUGGUACGGCUUUAGAGGUGGAAUGGGUGAUUAUAAUUACAAUUUUCAUGGUUGCAUGGAACUGACAUUAGAAUUAUCAUGCUGUAAACGUCCUUAUGCCGAGUUAUUAUCAACAUUAUGGAAUGAAAAUAAAUUGUCAUUAUUAUUGUAUUGUAUGCAAGCCAAUAGAGGGGUAACUGGAAGAGUUUUGGAUUCUGAAACAAGACAACCGAUUGAAGCUAAGUUGAAAAUAAUUGGUAGAGAGAAAAUAGUAUUAUGGAAUCGUAGUGAAUAUGAAAUAUUUUUCCGAAGUUAUAAAAAAACUGGAGAAUUUUGGAGAUUGUUGCUACCAGGAACUUAUACUCUCAAAGUUGAAGCGAAUGGUUACAAAACCGAAUACAAAAAAUUCACGGUGAAAGAACAUAAUCCGUUUCCUAAAUUAACAAACUUAACAUUAUUUCUUACCAAUUCAUCUCUAGCUACGACUACUUCUAGUACUGAAAAAAAUACAAUUGUUUCAAAUUUUUCAUCAAGAUUAAGCGAAGAAAGAUGUGAUUCAGUUGAAGAAAUUACUGAAUCUCCCAAAGUGGGAGAGCUAAAAGGAUUCGCAACGUGUAUUAAUAAUAAUGUCAGUUUCUCUAUUUUUACAAUACAUAUAUUAUUUUUAUUGAGAUAAAAUAUAUGUCAUAGAUAUAAGAA